AUGCGUCUGCAGGGAAAAGUCGCGUUCAUCACGGGGGCGGCGCGGGGCAUCGGCGCGGCGUGCGCGCGCAAGUUCGUAGCGGAGGGCGCAAGGGUGGCCAUUGCUGACGUGUUGGAAGAGGAGGGGCGCCAGCUGGCUGCUGAGCUGGUUGCCGCUGAUUCGCAAACGGCGGCACAGGCCGGGCGGAGUGGCGGGGCGGAGGGGGGGGCUUCCACGGAAGGGGAGAAGGGGGAUGUGGGGAAGGGACACGGAGUGCGGGAGAGGGCAGCGGAGCGGAGAGCAUACCGCGCGCGAUCUUCAUGCGACGUGUGCGAUCGCGACUCCAUCGCAUCCGCGCUCGCCGAGGCGGUCGCGGCGCUGUCCCCCGGCGCGGGCGCGCUGCACCUGCUGGUCAACAACGCGGCGCUGCAGAGCUGCAAGAGCCUGCCCGACACCGCGCCGCGCGACUGGGACGCCGUCAUCGCCGCGUCGCUCUCGUCCGUCUUCCACGCGACGCAGCUCGCGCUGCCGUACCUGCGACGCGCGGAGCGAGGCGCCGCGGCCAUCGUGAACGUGUCGUCGUCGUUCGCGCUGGUGGGGUCGGCGGGGUACGCGGCGUACCACGCGGCCAAGGGCGGCGUGUCGUCGCUGACGCGCGCGGCGGCGCUGGGGCUGGUGGCGGAGGGCGUGCGCGUGAACGCGGUGUGCCCGGGGACCACGCUCACGCCGGGGCUGCAAGAGAGCGUGGCGCAGCAGUGCCCGGACCCAGCAGAGGCGCAGCGCCUCAUGGACUCCUUCCUCGCCAGGCAACCGCUUGCCAGGUUUGGGAGGCCAGAGGAGGUGGCGAAUGUGGUGGCGUUUGUGGCGAGCGAGGAGGCGAGCUUCAUGGUGGGCGCCAACGUGGUCGUGGACGGGGGCUACACCGUUGUCUGA